GUCGAAAUCUGAGGCUUCUGUUGAAGUCCCAGUUGAGAAAAUUGGAGUUUGAAGCUUCCCAUUACAGCAUGCUCAGACCCUCAAUUGGAGAAUUGAGUGAAUUAGGGCACAAUUCAUUUUUGGAAACCUUUACCUCUCAGUUUUAUCGAUGGCGAUGGCGACGGCGACUUAUCCACCGCCGCCGCCGUAUUACAGGCUCUACAAAAACUACUCCGACGACCCCGAUUCCUGCCCCGCACAGAAGCCUCCUAUUCAAGGCCCUUACUUCCUCUACGGCGCCAGCUACACGACGGAUGAUGUCCUUCCCGGUCUAGAAGAACAGGGUGUUCGUCAAUUGUACCCUAAAGGGGAUAUUGAUUUCAAGAAAGAGGUCAGGUCUCUUAACAGGGAACUGCAGUUGAAUAUUUUGGAGCUUGCUGAUGUUCUUGUAGAGCAUCCAUCGCAGUACGCUAGGAGAGUAGAAGACAUCUCUUUAAUUUUCAAGAAUUUAUAUCACCUUCUGAAUUCUCUGCGUCCGCACCGGGCUAGAGCAACAUUGAUACAUAUUAUGGAACUCCAGAUACAGCGGCAUAAACAAGCUGUGGAAGACAUUAAAAGUGACAGGAGAAGAGAAGAAGCACAAAGGCUUCUCACAGAGGCGCUUGGAACUCUCGAUGGACAAUGAAGAAAACUCAUAGGCUUCACGAUGAAAUAUGCUGAAAGCUUAUAAACUUUAUUUAGUGCAUCCGUGCACAAAUAAACUAGUGUAACUAGAGAUGUCAAUUUAGCCCGCAACCCGUGGGUUGGCCCGAAUAGCCCGCCAAAUUUAUAGGGUUAGGAUUGAAAAUUUCCAGCCCGAUAAAAUUACAGCCCGAUUAGCCCGCACCCGAUUAACCCUCA